AGCCGGAUAUGAAUUUUACAAAUUAUGAACCCAAGCAUAGUUUUGGUGUGUUGGAUCAUGGUGGUCCAUCCGGGAGCCAUCACCUAAAUGAAAAUAUCCAUCAUGGAAUUUCAUCACAUCACGACUUUGAAAACGAGCAAGUUGAACCAAAUGUAAUCACUCAAUUGCCUGAAGACGAUGUAUUAAAUUGGGAUUUGGCAGAUGCACAGAGUAAGGAAGAGAACAGUGAUUACGACAACAAUGCUGAUGAAUCUGGAGACGAGACACCCUUUCCUUGUGAGGAUGGUGAUGAGGAGGAUGAGAAGGAAGGACCUGAUUUGACGAGAGAGUAUGCUCCACUCCUCCCCCCUUAGACGAAGAGUGUACGAGUCCCAAAUGCCGUUUCAUUCAAGGGAGAUUCCUUACCUUGAUAACUUGCCAAGCAUGCCGGAUUUGGAAGCUCUCACAAGGGAUUUUGAUGAAAUUCGGACAACAAUGUGGGAUGAGUCUAGACCAAUGGUGCUGACAAAGGGCAUACUUUUUCCUGAUAAAGCGCGCCUAAGCAGAGCCUGUAAAAUGCACAACGUAAAAGAGUGUCGUGAGAUGACGGUAUGAGAGUCAAGUCCGGGUGUAUACAAGGUUGUUUGUCGCAGGUGGUUUGGGCCAUGUCAUUGGAUGUUGCGUGCGAGCAAGAAGAAGACAGGUCGGCCGGUGCCCACUAUGUAAAUCUCGGGUCGGCCGAUCCUCAUCAACAGUAGGCGGGCCUAGAAGGUAUGUACCCAAUCCACUCCAGAAAAAUGCGUGCCCGUGAUCAAUAAUUGACCUGACGGGGUCACCUGCGAAGUCCCUAGAGUGAGAUCCAUCCCAAGGCUCAUGUCCGUCUCAUGUAGGCCACCCGGCAGAUCAGCAUCAACAUAAUCAGCAGGGGCCUCAAUGCCCCCUUGCUGGGGACCACCUCAUCUCUGCCCAUCGCCGCCUCGUCGGGCACCCCCGCCUCAUCAGGCACCACCACCUCAUCGGGCACCUCUACCUCGUCGGGCACCACCACCUCGUGCCACACUAGGGCCUUGCUCGUACUGCUCUGGCUCCACAUAAUCAGGCAUGUGUGCCAAACGCUGAUCCUCCCGAGCUCGCUGUAGUGUCCGGGCUGCCAACUCUACAAAUCGACGGCUGUAAUCCUGCAAGGCGUCUGCAGGAUCGUCGACAUAAUCUUGCAUUUGCAGUCCCAUCUGAUACACUGUAUGUAGUCCAAUAGCCUGCACAACAUAUAAAAACACAACAUAUAAAAUAUAAACUACAUAUACUGCACUAAAAUAAAACAUAUUAUAAUGAAUAAUAACAGAAAACAUACUAGCGCCUCGUGUCGCCCGGUGUAUGGAACGUACCGAUCGCCAGCCUAAUGAAUAGGGUUCCCGAUAAAAAUUCGGGUAACGUGCCGGUACCAAGACAUAUACCUCUGAAUAGCCACCUCCUGGAUCUGUGUAGGUGGGGGCAGAAUCAUUUGAUCUCGAUGGUCCCAAAUAUGGAUCUGCGCCGCUAACCAUGCCAUAAAUGCGUCGUCCGCCCUACAACGAUCAUCCCUCUGAUAAUGUGUAGGCUCCCAUAUAGGCCCCCUCGGUAUAUACUGCGGGCGGCCAAACUGCCGAAGUACCCGCUCCGAGGCAUGAUGCUCCACAAUAUCGAGGCAUAUGAGGGGGGCAGAAGUGCUCCAAAUCAAUCGGCCGGCCGAGCAAUAAGCUGACAGAGAAGCUAUCAAAUCGUCGCUAUAUGGCGUCCAGAUGAACUAUCAAAUAAGAACAUGAAACGUGAGUAUGUGCAACACUAAGUUAAUCUACACCAGGUAAGUUUAGGUACAUAUUUACCUGUGCGCCCUCCAGCAGAUCUAACACAUCCCUGCAGAGGGAGAGAUUAUGAUGAGCAUCAUACUCUCGUGAAAGUGUACGGCGGAGAACCCACCUCCUGGCUAGAGGGAGAAACGGAGGUGCUACAUUAGGAGGUAAUUGUGGUCGAGGUGGCUGAAACUGCAAGAACCGCUCCCAGUCCCAAACGUAACAUACAAAGUUGACGUAAGGUUUAAGAUAAAUUCUAACUAGGUAGAGUUGGAACUGAUGAAAAGAUUAUUUCAAUAUGUUGUCACCUGUAGAAGCGAAAUAAAACCACAAACAUCUCUCUGAGUGCCCAUGCUUGCCCGUCACAUCUGCCUAUACAUGUAGCCGAAAAUAGCAACACCCCAGCUGUAAUAGGGUAACUCAUCUAGCAGCUAAAGAUGAUGCAAAAGUCUCAGGCUGACUAGGUUCCCAAAGUGUUCGGGAACAAGACCCCUCCAGAUAGAAGAAGCAACAACAACCUCGUAUAUCGGGUGAUAUGUACCUCCUUUGUAUCGUCGGUGAUAUCGGAGUGGAGUACCUCCAGGUACUGUCUAAUAGGGGUCAAAGUCAACCGACUAGCACCCGACGAUGCAAUCUCGUCCUGUGGCCUGAAACCCGUGAGCUGCUGCAGCAUGUCCAAAUAAGCAUCACGCGACAUAUAUCUCAUAGCAAUAGGCAGUGAAACGACCAUGCCAUCAACGGGCAGGCCAUAUAAAACCUCUACGUCCUGCAGCGUGAUGGUAGCCUCGCCAAUGGGCAGGUGAAAAUUGUGCGUCUCCGGUCGCCACCGCUCAAUCAACGCCGUGAUCAAAGCCCAAUCAACCUGUAUCCGCCCGAUCUCAAUAAUCCUAUAGAAUCCCAUAUCCUGGAGGGGAUGGACUACACGCUCGUGGAGAUCGCUGUGCCUACGAAAAUCCUACAGGUCGUCUACUCUCCUAGUGCGGAGAGCUUGGGACAGUAACUCUCCCUCCCAUAUAUGGGCGGACCUAUGAUCGCCCUGAAGCACUAAUAUUUCACGAGAGUAAGGGUCGGGAUGUAUAGGCGCGUCCAUGUCGUCAAUUGUAAAUUAAACAAUAUUAAUUGUAUUUUUAAUUAUUUGAUUGUACAAAGUAUGUAUAACAAUGGG